AUGGCCCUCGACACUGGCUCUGCAGACUUGUGGGUGCAAUCUACAGACACAAUCUAUCGUGCCAACCCUGAAGGUCCUUGGGCUCCUCGAUACAAGCCCAACUCUUCCAAGACAUCUCGCCGACUUCGCGAUGCCGAAUGGGAAGUCGAGUAUGUCGACGGAACUCAUGCUAAUGGCAUCGUCUACCUCGAUACCGUCCGCCUAGGAGACUUCGAACUCAACAACACAGCCAUCCAGUCUGCUCAGAUCGUCGCUCCCCGCUUCGAGCGUGAAACCGAACUCACAGGCAUCUUAGGCCUUGCCAAGUCUCUUCCAAGCAACAUCGAUCCCCCGACUCCGUCUCUUCUUGAUAAACUCCGUCCUCUACUCGAUGAUCCAGUCUUUACUGUUGAUAUGCGUCGAAAUGCGACAGGACGCUUCGAUUUCGGUUACAUUGACGAGAGCCGAGCCAAGGACAACAUUUCAUGGAUGGCCACACGGGAGGAUAGCCCCCAUUGGGACGUCACAUUCGACACUACAGCCUGGACCGGUUUUCGUCAAGUCUGGAUGGCUCACACUUUUGAGGCUACUAUCGACACGGGAACUACACUGCUAUUUUUGCCCGGGGAUCUGGCCAGUAUGUACUGGUACGACGUUCCAGACAUGCGGGUUGAUCCUCGUCUCGGCGACUCGUUCACGUUUCCUUGCAAGUUUUCCAACGAUCUUCCAGACUUGAUGUUCAAGGUGCCAGGCACAGAGCACGUUCUGAGAAUUCCAGGACCGUACCUCAGCUACAGCACAACCGACAACGAUUCGGACUACUGCUGGGGCGGUUUGCAAAGUGCAGAGAGCUUAGGUGUUACCAUCAUUGGCGAUAUUGCGCUUAAAGCCUUGUAUGUCGCCUUCGAUCUUGAGAACAACAAAGUCGGGUUUGCCAACAAGGAUCUCGAUGACAUCGACGAUUGGUAG